AUGGGAAUCUGCGCAUCAUGCCUUGGCCUGAAUCGGCAUCCCUCGCAGGACGGGGACCUUGACCGCAUUCUGGACUCCGCGGACCAGCCGUCGUAUGGCGCAGUCGAUAGCGAUGGAGUCGGGCAGGUUGACGAGGAGGAGUUGAGGAGAGAGCGCGAGGCUCUGGAACAAAUCACGGCGCAGGCAGCUGAUCACAUGAUCGAUGUUCUCCAUCCCAGCAACCCGGAUUACAACCCGAACGUCAACCACAACGGCUCUGCGCAGGGAACUCACAUCGUCCAAGACGAAACACCGGAAAAUGAGGAGGGUCAAGAAGACGCCGAGGAAGCUGCUUGGUUGGAGAGUAUACAGUCAGCGGGCUUGGACACUGUACAGGUACCUCAACGAGGGACUCUGGCGAUGGAUCUGGGCACGCUGAGGGAUGCGCCGCAGCACCAGAAGACGGCCAAGUCUGAAGUCGCAUAUUGA